AUUUGACAUUUUGCCAAAGUUGACGACCUGUUUUUACAUCAUUUCAUUUGAUGGUAAUUACUGGGUUAACAACUGACGUUCCAUCGGUCUGUCAAACUUGAAAAUGAAGACUUUAGUGAUACCGAUUUUGUUGUUUGUGUUUAUUUCGGGAGUGAUUUCUUCUGCUGCCAAUGCCCCAGAUAUUCUGCCGUUGGAAGAUGUUGAUACCCAACCGCUGAUCCGGGUAAAUAGCGCUGCAGAAAAAAUAACAGAUGAUGUCAAGCGUCUUGCAGCAAAUACUCCAGAAAUACGUGAGAGUUUGAUGGACUUGCUCCAAUCUUCCUCCCUGACCAAUAUCGCCCAGACCGUCUUUGAACAAGAGACGACACGACUUGUAGCAUCAGCGUAUUACAACUACAACGUGUCAGAACAAUGUAUCAAUGAUACAGAGAAGAUGAUUGUUGAUCUGACUGGUGGCCAGCACUAUGCCUUGCAAAUGCUGGAUGCAUUUGGGAAGGUUCCGAGUGGUUUGUUAUCUGGACACUUUCAGUGGCCUGGGGCUUAUGAGGAGUGUAUGAACGUCACUUCAAACACAGGCAAUUUUAUUGGAAAAUACUGCUCUGCCUCUAUUGGAGGACUGAUUGAUUUCGAAUUAGCCCCUGGUCAGAAGCUCGGGAUCACAUUAGGGACAUGUUUUCCUAGUUCUUGUAGUGCUAUGGAUGCUGUUGGUCUACUCAAUGCAGCCCUCAGCAUCACUGCCAAUAAAACCACCGGAGUGCAGAAGGUUCAUGCUGACUAUGCUGUGUGUGCAGGGCCAGUUGAUCUCGACAGCGGAGCUAUAGCUGCCCUUGUCAUCAUUGGCUUCCUGCUAUUCUUUGUUGUCAUGGGGACCCUCUAUGAUGCCGCCAUACGAUGUAUGGGGAUGCUCCAUGAGGAGGACUCGGGAGAGGUGACAGAGGAAGAAAAGACUUCAUUAUUGGACGGUUCAGUCAAGAUACAAACACCAAGGGAACGAGGAACAGUCGCGAAAGUUCUCCUCUCAUUCUCGGCCAUAACCAAUGGCGGAAAGAUUCUAACCGUCGGAAACAUAAAAACAGAUAUCGGCUGCAUCCACGGGAUCCGUGUUCUCUCGAUGUGGUGGGUCAUCCUGGGACAUGUUUACGCCUUCAGUGUUUACAACGUAGAUAACCUACUAGACCUGGCUGGCGUAUUAAAGCGCUUCUCAUUCCAAGCGAUCGGAAAUGCUACAUUCUCGGUGGAUUCCUUUUUCUUUCUAAGUGGAUUGCUUGUGACGUUUCUCAUACUGAAAGAAAUGAGAGCGAAGGAUGGCAAAGUGAACUGGGCGUUGCUGUAUUUCCAUCGGUUUUGGAGGUUGACGCCUGCGUACAUGUUUGUCCUGAUGUUCUACACCGCUCUGGCUAAAUACAUCAACAUCGGACCGGCAGCAUUGGUGGCAAACACACAGAAGAAUCCCUGCGUGGAUUACUGGUGGACUAACCUCUUGUACAUCAACAACUUCUACCCGACUGACUCACAACUGGGUUGCAUGGGAUGGGGCUGGUACCUUGCAAAUGACAUGCAGUUCUUCUUGAUAACCCCUAUCAUCCUCUUCAUCCUCUAUAAGAAUCGAAUUGCCGGAUUGGCCGUGAUAUUUGCUAUAACUGUUGCAUCGUUGAUCGCGACCGGCGUGAUCUCCAAGGCCUACGAGCUCUCCAUAUUUGAUGUUGGAGUGCCACCAAAUAAUGUGAAUACAACAUCCGGCUUUAACCAGAUUUAUGUCAAGCCAUACACCCGGAUAUCGACGUAUACCGUAGGAAUGUUCGCAGGGUAUAUUCUCUACCUCACUGAUUGUCAGAAGAUGUUCAAAGGAGCAAGAUUCAGGCUCUAUGCGCUGAUCGGCUGGUUAUGCGCUGCACUGAUUUGUAUUUCUGUGCUCUACGGCUGUUAUGGGUACGUCCAUGACCAAGAAAAGAUGAGCAUCGAUCUGUCGGCGUUCUACAACAGCGUCAGUCGAUUUGCGUGGUCCGUUGGUCUCAUGAUUGUGGUGGUUGCUUGCGUUCAUGGCCAUGGAGGUCCUGUUGAUGCCUUCCUGUCGUGGUCUGGGUGGGUACCUCUCAGCCGUCUGACCUACUGCGCCUAUCUCGUUCAUCCUGUCAUCAUUUUCCUGUAUGUGAUGGGUCUGAAGGAGCCGAUACAUUAUGAAGACGUUGGUAUCUCAUACCUGUUCAUAGGUCACCUCGUCGUAUCGUAUGCAUGGGCUUUCUUGACAUCUCUUGUCAUCGAAGCACCAAUGAUGGGCCUGGAAAAAAUAAUCUUCAAGCGAUAGAU